UGGCCAACGUCUUCCUCUACCUAUGUGCUAUCAUUGUGGGCAUCAUGUCCUACUACAUGGCAGACCGCAAGCACCGCAAGGCCUUCCUGGAGGCCCGCCAGUCACUGGAGGUGAAGAUGAAUCUGGAGGAGCAGAGCCAGCAGCAGGAAAACCUUAUGCUUUCCAUCCUGCCCAAGCACGUGGCUGACGAGAUGCUGAAGGACAUGAAGAAGGAUGAGAGCCAGAAGGACCAGCAGCAGUUCAACACCAUGUACAUGUACCGGCACGAGAAUGUCAGCAUCCUGUUUGCAGAUAUUGUGGGCUUUACCCAGCUGUCCUCCGCUUGUAGCGCCCAGGAGCUAGUGAAGCUACUCAACGAGCUCUUUGCCCGCUUUGACAAGCUGGCAGCCAAAUACCACCAGCUGAGGAUCAAGAUCCUAGGCGACUGUUACUAUUGCAUCUGCGGCCUGCCUGACUACCGGGAGGACCACGCCGUGUGCUCCAUCCUUAUGGGGCUUGCCAUGGUUGAGGCCAUCUCGUACGUGCGAGAAAAGACCAAGACUGGAGUGGACAUGCGUGUGGGAGUGCACACGGGCACUGUCCUAGGUGGUGUCCUGGGCCAGAAGCGCUGGCAGUAUGAUGUAUGGUCUACUGAUGUCACCGUGGCAAACAAGAUGGAGGCUGGUGGCAUCCCAGGGCGCGUGCACAUUUCCCAGAGCACCAUGGACUGCCUGAAGGGGGAGUUUGAUGUGGAGCCUGGUGAUGGGGGCAGUCGCUGUGACUACCUAGAUGAGAAGGGCAUCGAAACCUACCUCAUCAUUGCCUCCAAGCCAGAGGUGAAGAAAACAGCCCAAAAUGGCCUCAACGGCUCGGCCCUGCCAAAUGGAGCGCCGGCAUCCUCCAAACCCAGCUCCCCUGCCCUCAUUGAGACCAAGGAGCCCAAUGGGAGUGCCCCUGCCAGCGGCUCCACAUCAGAGGAGGCUGAAGAACAGGAGGCUGACAACCCCUCGUUCCCCAACCCCCGCCGCAGGCUGCGCCUCCAGGACCUGGCAGACCGCGUGGUGGACGCCUCUGAGGAUGAGCACGAACUGAACCAGCUGCUUAACGAGGCCCUGCUGGAGCGGGAGUCCGCCCAGGUGGUAAAGAAGAGAAACACAUUCCUCCUAACCAUGAGGUUCAUGGACCCAGAGAUGGAAACACGCUACUCGGUGGAGAAGGAGAAGCAGAGUGGGGCCGCCUUCAGCUGCUCCUGUGUGGUCCUCUUCUGCACGGCCAUGGUGGAGAUACUCAUGGACCCCUGGCUGGUGACAAACUACGUGACCUUUGUGGUUGGGGAGGCUUUGCUCCUGAUCCUGACUAUCUGCUCGAUGGCUGCCAUCUUUCCCAGGUCAUUUCCCAAGAAGCUCGUGGCCUUCUCAUCUUGGAUUGACCGGACCCGCUGGGCAAGGAACACCUGGGCCAUGUUAGCCAUCUUCAUUCUGGUUAUGGCCAAUGUUGUGGAUAUGCUUAGCUGUCUCCAAUACUACAUGGGACCUUACAACGUGACAGCCGGGAUGGAGCUGGACGGCGGCUGUAUGGGGAACCCCAAGUACUACAACUACGUUGCUGUGCUGUCGCUUAUCGCCACCAUCAUGCUGGUGCAGGUCAGCCACAUGGUAAAGCUGACACUCAUGCUGCUCGUCACAGGCGCCGUGACUGCCAUCAACCUGUAUGCCUGGUGUCCUGUCUUUGAUGAAUACGACCACAAGCGCUUUCAGGAAAAGGACUUUCCUAUGGUGGCCUUAGAGAAGAUGCAGGUACUUGCCACCCCUGGGCUCAAUGGCACUGACAGGCUGCCCCUGGUGCCUUCCAAGUACUCAAUGACUGUGAUGAUGUUCAUCAUGAUGCUGAGCUUUUACUACUUCUCACGUCACGUGGAAAAACUGGCCCGAACACUGUUCUUGUGGAAGAUUGAGGUCCAUGACCAGAAAGAACGUGUCUACGAGAUGCGCCGAUGGAAUGAGGCCUUGGUCACCAACAUGUUGCCUGAGCAUGUUGCACGCCAUUUCCUGGGGUCCAAGAAGAGAGAUGAGGAGCUGUACAGCCAGUCUUAUGACGAGAUUGGAGUCAUGUUUGCCUCCUUGCCCAACUUUGCCGACUUCUACACUGAGGAGAGCAUCAACAAUGGUGGCAUCGAGUGUCUUCGCUUCCUCAAUGAGAUCAUCUCUGAUUUUGACUCUCUCCUGGACAAUCCCAAAUUCCGGGUCAUCACCAAGAUCAAAACUAUUGGCAGUACCUAUAUGGCAGCUUCAGGAGUCACACCAGAUGUCAACACCAAUGGCUUCACGAGCUCCAGCAAGGAGGAGAAGUCAGACAAGGAGCGCUGGCAGCACCUGGCUGACCUGGCCGACUUUGCAUUAGCCAUGAAAGACACGCUCACAAACAUCAACAACCAGUCAUUCAACAACUUCAUGCUGCGCAUAGGCAUGAACAAAGGAGGGGUUCUGGCUGGUGUCAUUGGAGCCCGGAAACCACACUAUGACAUCUGGGGCAAUACGGUCAAUGUGGCCAGCAGGAUGGAAUCCACAGGAGUCAUGGGCAACAUCCAGGUGGUAGAAGACACACAGGUCAUCCUUCGAGAGUAUGGCUUCCGCUUUGUGAGGCGAGGUCCCAUCUUUGUGAAAGGCAAAGGGGAACUUCUGACCUUUUUCUUGAAGGGACGGGACAGGCCAGCUGCCUUCCCCAAUGGCUCCUCUGUUACACUGCCCCACCAAGUGGUGGACAACCCCUGAACAACCUCAGGCACCAGUGGUCCACAUUGGAAGGGAGAUUUUUUUUGGAAGCAGUGAAAAGCAUUGGGAAAGGGCAAAUGACCAAGUCCUGGUGUUCCCAACUGUUGAAAUGCACAUUCCCAUAGACUUUAGGUUUCAGAUCUCCUCCAGCCUUCCUGUGUGGAUGUGAGCUCUGAGGGUGGCUAUUCCUACUCCUCAGUGUGCCUGUAGCGUCCCCAAAGUAGGGGUCUUAGGCAUAGUACUGGAGCAGCCUUUCCAGAGCCUUUGUUCCAGCUCAGCCCUUUACCCCUAGAGAGGCCAUGGCCACUGUGAGCAGGGUGCCAGCAGAGGCAGAACUCAGCCCUUCACCCCUAGAGAGGCCAUGGCCACUGUGAGCAGGGUGCCAGCAGAGGCGGAACGAAGCUGCCUGCGCUGGGGGCGGGGAGCACCGGUUGGGCUCAGGGCCGAGAAGGCUCUGCGCCUGGCUGCUCCUUCCUGUCUGGUUAGGUCAAUGGCCCUUACCCCAAUGUUCCUGAUAAUCUUGAAAGGUUCUUCUGGAACCCCCGUGUCACCUUAGUCACGAGAGCAGAAAGUGCAAUAUUUCCUUUCACCUGGUUGGGAAGGGGGUUAUUUCUGAAAGAAAAAUAUAUAAACAGAUCUUCUACAUUUAUAUUUUUAACCUGUUCAAAAACUUUCCAAUAUUGCCUUGUCUUCUGAGCUCUUGCUACAGUCGCCUUUGCUACUGCUUUAACAAAGAAUCUGCAGGUGUUGAUAAAGAACAGGACUGUUUUAU